CCAUCUGGAGGUGUACCUUCGCAAGGUCGAGACACUAGCCUAAAAAGAUAGUUCUUUGUCUUGUUGCGCAGACUAGAGGGGAUGGAAUGUCGACUUGUCCACCGCCAGAAAAUAAGGUUACCUUUCAGUUGCCCUCAACCCUCUUUUUUUCUGCGUACCUCCUCCUCCAUGGUAAUCGAUUCUUUCUCGCUCAUUCCAUUCUCUUGAUCCUUUUCUCUUAUAAAACGGAACUUCUCUCUCUUCUCGUUCCUCUCACUUUCAAAUAAACAUCAUCAUUACUGCAACAAUGGCUAUGAAACUCGAGCUCGAACUGGAUCCGCUCGACUAUACGAUCCAUCGUCUUCCUCCCACGACCCCGGCCUCGAUCUACCUGCCCCUGGUCGACAAUCAGGCCUGGUACAGUAUCACCAAGACCUCUGAAGAGAUCUCCCUCGUCAUCUCCCACGCAUACCCCAGUACCAAGGAGAACCAACUGGUCCCCAACGACGAGCACAAGAUCUCGCCAGGUUGGCGUUGCUUCAAGGUCAAGGGUCCUCUCGAUUUCAGUUAUGUCGGUAUCAUGGCCAAUCUCUCUGGUGCACUCGCAGACAAUAGGAUCUCGGUGUUUGUGGUCAGUACAUAUGAUACUGAUUAUAUCCUAGUCAAAGAGGACAAGGCUAUGGACGCCAAGGAAGUGUUUGAGAGCAUUGGACAUUCCGUUGACGUCCUCUAAUUGCAAAGGACAUUCUCAAGACAUUAAAAAAGAAUUAUUUUUAAGAGCGUUCAUGUUUGUAAUA